GCCUCCGCUUUGCUCGGAAGGGGCGUCGCAGCGCUUCCCCAGCCUGUGGGCGGGAGAGGGGUUCUCCGUCCAUCCCAGCCGAAGUGAGAGAGGGAGAGGAGGCUUCGAUCGGGAAGCAGGCUCCAGUUUCCAGUUGCUGUACCCCAGAGAAGAGCUGCGGUUAAUGGGAGUGUCAGCAGGCUAGACAUCCUGCAGCAGAAUCUGCGGCGCUUAGUUCUGUGCCCGGGAAGGGAUGCUUCCCGUUUGGGGAUCGGAGUGUGGCUCUGCCGCCGGAGAGCCUGCAGUGUACCGGGUUGUGCAGCCCAGCAGGAAAAGGUGGACCUUUCUAGAGCUACCCUUUGCAGUCUUGAACCUUAAGAAAAGAUGUGGAGUGGGCUGCUACCUCCUGGCCUAAAAGAAAGUGAUGUUGAGUUGAGUUCUGAAGAUGAAGCCCCAUUAGAGAACUCUGGACUUACCUUACAGGAAGAUAAAGAAGAUGGGACUGUGACAAAAACAGAGAUCUCAGAUUUCCCUACAGAUGGACCAGAAACUAAAGCAGAGGCAAAUGUAAAUGCUUAUGAAGAAUGUCCCUCUGGAAUUCCCUUAAAUAUGUGGAAUAAAUUUCAAGAAUUGCAUAAAAAACAUUCUGAACAGAAAACUUCAACUUCAAGAUUCAGAAAGAAGAAAAGAAAACACUCCAGAAAAGGUAAGUUGAAGAAUGAAGAAGAAUCUCACAGUGAACAAUCCUCAAGGGAAACCCAGUGGAAGGAGCUUACUCAGUAUUUUGGAAUCAAUGAUAGGUUUGAACCCCCUGUUAAAAAGAAAAAAAUUGACAAGUCGGGCCUUGAAAAGAGCAUAGACCAGGCUGUGGAAGAGUGGAACAUUGAGAAGGCGGAGGAACUCAGCAACCAGCUAGCUACUCGAGAGCUUGGUGUAAAAAUUGCGAAAGCAGUUGCCUGCCACAACUUCGUAAAAGCCAAAAAGGAUGCUGAAAAUUCACAGGUUGCUCGAAAAAAGAAGAAACUUGCAUGGGGGUUUGAAGCAAAGAAGAGAUGGGAAACCAAAAGCAACAUGGGAUAUAUGUAACUUGCCAGAGUUCUUCAAGACAUUUGAGUCUUUGAGUUUUCUCUUGAGUUUUCAAUUGUUCAAUUUACUGAAAAUAUUUUCCUGCUUAUGUUAACUAUGUCAGAAAAUUGAUAGAAGUAGAAAAAAUAAGCAUAAAAUUUGGGAGUUGAUUAUCAAAUCUUUUCAGUCUCUUUCUAAAAAGCUCAUCCUAUUGAAGUAAAUGAAAUAGAGCAUUUUGUUAUUGAUACAAGAAAUCUAAGCAGACAUGCAGGAAAAAAAGGAUAGAAUCUUAUUUAUUUAUUUAUAUAGACCUCCAGUACAAAAUCAAUUUUACUUUUAUCCAUUUGGUGUAGCAUAGUCAAUGAGCUCCUUGUAUUUUCUUAUCUGUGCUCAGUGUAACUGUACUUAUCCUGGAAUUGUGCUUUUAAGAUUGGCAUUUGUUUAUAAUGGAUUAGUCAUAAGUGCAAGAACAUCUCAAUUGAUAUUGUCUUUACAAAUGACUCUAAUUAUCUUAAUGUUAUAAAAGUAAUUAUUGAUUCUUUAUUGGAGGCAGUAGAGUUAAUAUUUGACAGUCGUAUAAUAAAAACAAUUGAUUUAUUUUUGUGUACCUUCACGUAAAAUAUUACAAUAAUAAAAGGACAGAAUAUAGUAUUUGGAGGAUGAUUUAAAUUCAACUCUGCCUAGAACUAUCUUUCUAAAUAUCUCUCUCAGCCAUGUCAUUCUUUAAAUUAUGUGAUGGUUCUUAGAGGAGAACAUAGUGUAGUUGAUUAGGUGGUUAUAACUCCAGACAAUAUAACUUUGAACCUUUUAAGAAUGUGGUUUGAUUGUUUUUACUCAUCUUCCCUGUUACUUCUUAAAAGAUGGAAUGAAUUAAUGAGGAUAAAGAAAGGAUUGGUGUCAUGGGAAGUAGUUUUCAUUAGAUGUGUGUUUCAUAGACGUUACUAGAAGGGGCUUUGAGAAAUCAUAUAAGCUGGUAAGACCACAGCUAGAUGUUUUGAUGUUUUUGGCAGCCUUUGGUAUUUUGGCACCUCCCUACUUGAUACUCAGUAGAGGUCACGAACUGCUUAUCAUGGUUUUCAUCAGUUCACUCCCUUUCUCAGCCUUUGCAUCAGAGGUUUUCUAGCUGUUUGAUAAACUUUUUAUGGGUUGAUAAUAGUAAUUCAGGAACAUAGAAAAUUAGUCAUUAUAGUUAUAUUAUUAUUAUUUUAUUAUUUUUAGACUUACAAUAGUAACAAAAUUUACUAAUUUAUGGUGGCAUAUUUAAUGUUUUUUCUAUGUUCUGGGAUAAGUGAGUAACUAGUUGCUAUUUAAGAGAUCAAAAAUCAUAUCUUGCUUCCACUUAGGUGAGAAAAGCACAUAAAGAGAAAGCAAGAUUUUAGGAGAUUGUGUGUCUACUUAUAGAAUUCAUCAUGAAAACGUUUCCAGACCAAAUAUUGGAAAAUCUUAUAAUUUAUGAUUUAAUAUCCCCUAUUGGGUUUUGUAGAUAAAAUCAUAUACUGCUUACCUACAUCAUCGCAUUUCAGACUCCUAAUAGGUGAAUACAGGCUUACAGUAUAGGAACUUUUCCCCUAAAAAAUCCAUCCAAAAAUCCAGUGGAUAGUGAGGGAACUAUCCAGUCCACAGUUUGGUGGUUUGAACAGGCAGGUAGUAUGGGUAUUCUCACCUAUAGGGCCCCAAGACAGGCCUUCCCUGCUGUCUCUGCCUCGUUGUUCUUUGCCCAUGUCCACUUCCUUAGAGCACUUAGUGACCCCUGCAGGCACAAUUCACCACUCUGCUCAUGCUGAGGCCUUGCUGGAGUGGCCUUCUUUAGAGUCCGAUUUGGGAGCCUCAGACCCGAAGUCCAGCCGUUGGAGCCCUUCUUCAGCCUGUGCCAGUGCCAGUGAUUGCCCACUCAGGCUUCUCAUGUAGGUGGGAGCAUAUUAACUGAGUGGAAGGCAUUAUGGUAGAGUCACAUGUAGCAGGGGACUCAUUUGAUAAGGGGAGCCAUAUCUCAUAAGUCUCCACUCUUUGGGCGUCUGGGUUGUAAAAAGCUCCAAAACAUUAUGGUACAGCAGAAGAAGGGGGGAGGAUUUGGGGGAGAGGCAGGGACCAGUUGUCUUGGGUUAGCCCUGCUGGCAUGUUGUUUGGGACUAGUUUUAUUUUAUCAGCUUUAAUUUGAAUUAGACAUUUUACUCAUUAAAGCAAUAAAGUGGGAACAUUAUUCUUAGAGUACCCAUGUUGCCCAAAAAGUGUAGUCAUUUGUCCUCUCCAUCUGGUCACAGCAGAAUAAGGAUUCUUUUUCCAUCAGUAAUAACUUCAGUUCCUAAGCUUUAACAUGUGCCUUUACUACCACCAGAAUGCUUGGAUUAAAUUAAUAAUGUAAACGUCAGUUAUUGUUAACUGAGAUUAAUAUGUUUCAAGACAUUGGUAUGGCAUUAAUGUAACUAUAAUUUACUGUUUAAGUACUUCAGGCUAAAACAACUUACUAAAGAACAGUAAUUUUGAGCUUUAUAGCACUGGUUCUGAGAAGUGAAGUUGGUAGUACAUUCUUGUUUGGGAGCCCUCAGGAUGUUUCUGAUUUUCAGCAGAACAUUCUAUGUUUUUCACCAAAAGGAGAGUUUGAAUAUAUAAUCUCAGGUUUGUUAUAAUUAGUUCUGAUGACAGUUAAAUACCUUGGCCAAAACUGUAAAUCAUCAACCUGUUAAACAGGUUUCUGCAACUGAUCAUAAAUCUCAAACUCCAUAUUUUAAACACACAGUUUUUUAGAGAGACAACAGCUAAGGGAGGGGCAGACCAAAGGACAGGACUGAAAUGUUGUCUGAACUUUGAGUAGUAGCUUAGAACCUCAACAUUAAAAUCUGCUAAUUUCCCUGAUACCUUUUAUCUAAAAUGUUAUCUUUUAAAUGUUUUAAUAACUAGCUUAUUCUUUGCUCUGAUAAGACAAGUUUGAAUUGAGUUCUUUAAAAUAUGAAAGUUAAUUUUCAAAAUGUCCAAAUUUUCAUUUGUUAUGUAAAGAUACCGCUUUUUUUAGAAAUGUGUGUGCUGCUACACUAUAAAAAAUAUUGUAUGGGGUUGAUAUUUAAAUAAGAUGCCAAUUGUGUGUGUUUUUUUAAGAGAUAAGGUUUAGGGCAACAAAGUAAUGUUAUGUCAGACCUCAUUUUGGAAAAUUAACUUAGUGAAACCUAGUAGUCAAAUUCAGAGCCAAUGGAAACAAUUCAAAUUUUUCCAUGUUGGCAGAAGUUGCUUUUAUUUUUAGUAUCUGGCAGAGCAACAAAUGCUUUGCGUGUCAAUUUAAUAUUUUUUCAAGCCAACUAUUUAUUCAUCGGCUUAAAAUUUACACUCUACUAAAGUCUUAGCCCUGACUUUUAUGAACAAAUAGUAAUAUUUGGACAAAAUACACGAAAAUCUUUUUCCAAAACCAAAUGUAGAUUGGUAUUUGUGGCAUCAGUGACUUUUAACAUGGUAACGGAUCUAAGAGUACUUUGAAAAGUCUAAGGCAUUAUAAGCCCAUGGCAAUGCAUUUCAAGGAAUUAAUUUUUAUUAUGCAGUAGAGCAUCUUUCUAGCUUUUCAGAUUUAAAUUAAUGAGAUACCUUUUGCUAGAAAGUGGAAUAUAUGUUAGAGUAAAUUUCAGUGAACUAUCAAAAGAUUAUUUUAUGAAUGUACAUCCAUUCUUGAAUUCUGUAGCAUACUGAGACAGUAAGACCCAUUUUCCAUUUCUGAGGUUGGGAUGUUCUGUAGAUUUUGAUAAAAUGAGCAGAACUGCAUUCUUUAUUCUUUAUUGUAUUUUCCUCCCUCCACACUGCUCACUUUAAGAGAAAAACACGUACACACAUUCUCAGGGUUGUAGCUGUAAUCAACCCAAAGACUUAGUGGGGAAGGGAUUCUGGACUCCAGUCAAGAACAUGGCAGCACGUAGCGGAUCAAGAUUGCCGUGAAGAAACCUAGAAAGGAGCCGCCAAACCAUUAUUCUCUAGUCUUAAGGUAAAGUGUAUUGCUUCUUCAGCAGUAUCUCCUUCUACUCACUUGUGAGUAUUCUGGAGAUAUGUGUUUGUUUUUUUAGAAUUUUUUCAAAUACAGUGGUGCUGUCAGAUAGCUGCCUGCCACACUGGCUUUUGUGAUCUUGAUCCCUGGAACACAACCACAGGCUUUUGGUAGGACUGUCUUAAAUGCCAUGCAGUACACUGUGUUUUUAGAUGUGCCUGUAAAAGCAAGAAUUUGCUGAGGGAUAAUUAUCUUUUUAUUAGUAUUAGUAACCUCUUUUUAGAUUCAAGUAAAAAAAAGCAUAAAAAUUUUCCAAGUGAGAUGGUAUUUUAAAAAAAUUUGAAUUUAGGUACCUGCCUUUUAUAUCUGGACAAGGUUUCUUAAGGAAGCACAGGAUAAGAGGGAAUGAAAGGGGAAGGGAGGGUAGUGCCCAAGAGAAGCUUCGGCUCCUGCGGCUCCUGGGUGCUGCUACGCCAGCUUUCCUCCUGUGCCUACUUACUGGCAUCAUUCGAGAAGCCCCAGCCCACACCUCCUCUGGGGCCCAUGGGCUGCCUCUUGCUGAAUUGCUGCAGGGGCCUGCUGUGUGACAAGUGUGGAAUGAGGUAAUUGUUUCCCACCUCUAAUUUCUGGAGGGUGUGUCUGUCCGGUUAUUACUUGUUCAUUGAACUUAAAGGUUUAGAAACCAGCAGCUCCAGUACAAGCUGUAAUUAUUGAUGUCUGUUUCAUAUUCAUCUGUAAGUUCUGGCAGCUGAUCAAGAAGUUAAUAUAUCACUUUAUCUUCAGGCCGAAUGUGCCUCAGCCAUAAAUGAUUUACUGUUUGAUGGAUAGUAGACAAUUAUGAAUGCCUGGAAUAAAAAGUGUUUUCAUUUGUAUUGUG